AUUGAACUCUACGACACGACCAGUGAAUAGAGCAAGAUUAUCAUCCAUCAGUCGAGGGACUGAACAAUCAUAAUUUCCUUCUCGUUUGCUUCCGUUGCGAAUUCUCUGCGUGCAGAAACGGCCCAGUGUGAUUCGCUGAGUCCUGUCCGGUCUGAUCUGAAAACUCCACCCAACAUAAAAAAGGUCAGUUCGGGGUUCAGCCAAAGGAAGAACCGCCCAGAUUGUCGUCGCUCGACGUUGACAGGAAUUAAAACCCAUACCUAGAGCUAUUGACUCUUUCUCUCAAAAUCAACCAUCCUGAAUCUCCGCAUCAGACAACUCCUAGAGUCACAGGACAUGGAUCUAGUCAACCACCUGUCAGAUCGACUGUUGUUCGCAGUCCCCAAAAAAGGACGUCUUCAAGCCGCCACAUUAGACCUCCUUUCAGGAUCCGAUAUUCAAUUCCGUCGCGAGACUCGAUUGGACAUUGCUCUGGUCAAGAAUCUUCCCUUGGCGUUGAUUUUUCUUCCAGCAGCAGAUAUCCCCACUUUUGUCGGUGAAGGACGAGUCGAUCUGGGAAUCACGGGUCGAGAUCAGGUUGCCGAGCAUGACGCCCAUCUAGCACUCGGAGAGGAAUCGGGAGUUCAGGAAGUUUUGGAUCUCGGAUUCGGAAAAUGCAAACUACAAGUUCAGGUGCCGGACAAGGGACCGCUACAGGACGUCAAGGAUUUGGUGGGCAAGAACAUCGUCACGAGUUUCACUGGACUGACGGAGGACUACUUUGCGAGACUGGAAGGUAGAGGAAGCCGAAAGGAGAGCGUCAAUGGCACCGACAGCCCCAUCCCUAAAUUGAAGACAAAGGUCAAGUUUGUGGGUGGAAGUGUUGAAGCUGCGUGUGCGUUGGGUGUGGCUGAUGGAAUUGUUGACCUGGUCGAAUCUGGAGAGACGAUGAGAGCUGCAGGCUUGAAAGCAAUCGAGACAGUGGUGGAGAGCACGGCCGUCUUGAUCAAAUCGAGAUCCGUCUCGAACCAGAAAUUGGUCGAUUUGAUCGUGGCUCGUAUCAAGGGUGUCAUUGCUGCGCAGAGAUAUGUUCUCUGUCAGUACAACGCACCGAGAGAGAAACUGGCCGCGGCAACCAAGAUUACUCCUGGAAAGAGAGCCCCUACGAUAACAGCGUUGGAAGAGCCUGACUGGGUGGCCGUCAGCUCAAUGGUGGAGAAGAAGAACAUCGCCACAGUCAUGGACCAAUUGACCGAUGUGGGAGCGACGGAUAUCCUUGUUCUCGACAUUGCAAAUUCUCGGACUGGUUGAGAAAGACUGGUGUGACCUGACCAGUGAGUGGGAUAGGGGUACUAGUGGUCAUAUGCGGAUGCUACGGAACAAGGCGUUUUUGACAAGAGAGGUGCUAUAGAUACUGAUGACUUUAUGUACUCGUCCUAGUAAGACACUCGAUGAGGACAAAAGCUAAACCGAGAUAUCCUCACUUUUUCCUUUACUGUUUGGAUCCAGAUAUGGAGCUUCACCGAUAC